UCGCUCUUCCGCCAGGCGGGAUUUCCGCAAUAAUAUCAAGUAUGGCGAAGACAUACGACUAUCUGUUUAAAUUACUGUUAAUCGGCGACUCUGGUGUCGGGAAGACCUGUGUCCUUUUCCGGUUUUCAGAAGAUGCCUUCAACUCAACGUUUAUCUCAACGAUAGGCAUUGAUUUCAAGAUUCGGACAAUCGAGCUUGACGGCAAGAAAAUAAAGUUGCAGAUAUGGGAUACGGCCGGUCAGGAGCGCUUCCGAACAAUCACAACGGCCUACUACAGAGGAGCAAUGGGCAUAAUGCUUGUCUACGACAUCACCAACGAGAAGUCUUUUGAAAAUAUCAAGAAUUGGAUUAGGAACAUCGAGGAGCAUGCAUCAUCAGAUGUUGAGAAGAUGGUCCUUGGCAACAAAUGUGACAUCGACAAGCGGCAGGUGUCCAAAGACAGGGGAGAGAAUCUCGCAUUGGAGUACGGAAUAAAGUUCAUGGAGACCAGUGCAAAGGCCAAUAUCAACGUGGAGAAUGCAUUUUUAACACUCGCCAGAGACAUCAAAUCAAAAAUGGACAUCAAAUUGGAGGGCAACACGGCGCAGGGGGGCAGUCACGGAGUCAAGAUCUCCGAGACUCAGAAAAAGACCAGCUUCUUCCGCUGCAGCCUUCUCUGAGGACCGAGGUCUUCGAGACUGGCUGCCAACUGGCUGAACAUAAAUGGACUGUGCUUGCUCUUAGCACUUCCUUUCCCUUCCUUCUUCCUUCUUUCUUCCCAUCCAUGGCCUCGCCUCCCAGUCCACACAUAUAUUCCGAGUAAGCAAAGAACUUCCCCUCCCCUCUUCUUAAAGCUUCCAGUGGUGCAUCUCUUCCAUUUUAAGGAGAAAUGUUGUUUUCAUGUGUCAAGAGUGCUUCACUGGUAGAGGAUUCCACCAGGAGCGUUGUCCAGAUGUUCUUCAUCACACAAAAGACAGGCUCUUAAUUAUCAUGUUGGUUUCUUUGUUUUACACUCUCGUAUUUCACAAAGACGGUAGCACAACCAGGGACGAGAAAUUAUGAAGCUAAUGUCAAGGCUUUGGGAUUGCCAAUACAAAUGUGAUAUUAAUUAAUAUUAUUAUUAUUAUUUUUAUUCGUACCCUUUCCAUUUUAAAGUGCUAAAUGUCAACCAGAGACUGAUAGGCUCGAACUCAAGUGAAACAGAGUUGCAAAUGCUUUAAUUUUAAUUUUAGGGAUCAUAUCAGAGAGGAACAUAAAGGUUUUCCAUUUGAGUUCUGCUCAUUAGUUUGCAAAUAGUCCUUGACAAUCAUUCGAUGUGACUGAAAAUGUUUGACCCUUUCCUGCUUUAGCUUUCAGGUGCAAGAAGGCAGUUUGGCAACAAAAAAAACUAAAAAAAUAUAAUCCAGAUUUCUUCAUCUAAAGAUGCAUUUCUGCUGUCAAAUUAUCAGGAGAACAUUGGCGAGGUGACGUACUCCUUAGGCUUUCUCUGGAAAAUAUUAGGACAAUAUAUAUAUAUAUAUAAUCCUAAAUAGUGUAAUGAAAAAGGGCAGUUUUGUUGCAGCUCUGUUUCAUAGUUAAGCUAAAUGAUGUCUCUGGUUAUUUCAUCAGCCGUUAAAGUCACUGUAAGCCCCUCCCCCUGCUACCCACACAGCUCUCCUUGCACUUUACCAGUAACUCGUGUUUCGUAUGUAGUCUGUGCCAAGUGAUAGUUUUGAAAUCCAAGAAUACAAUUACUUAGUUGAAAAACGUUUUGAGUCUUAUAUAAUGGGCCUAACUCCUCCUUCUUUUUUCUAACACACCUACUUAUAAAUGACUUGAUCUCUUUUGCUAUUUCACUAGUGACCCACCGUCCUGGUAUUAGUUAACUGCGAAACAUUGUACUAAUAUAUAUUUAUAAAAGAAAAAAAUAAUUAACACGCCCUUUGUUCCUAUGCUACUGCCCUGCGACAUUAGAGUUCACACGUGAUGUUUUCUUGACUUAUUACAUGAAAGAUGGCCCAUUAGUAUUAUUGUACACUUUCUCGCGUGUCGUUUGAUUGUGGCCCUUUAGUUUGACCGCUCGGUGGCAGCAGAGGCGCAAUAGGUGGCCGUCUGGAUUUGAAUCAGUAUUUUAUUAACGGCGCGAGCGGCGGUGCGAUUCCACACACGUUCCCACUAUUUAACAUCGAUGUUAAGUCUCAAUCUGUUUCCACAUUUAUCCUUCCUACAUGUGUUACAAGUCUGAAAAUCAAACUCCUAUAUGCACAAUAUCGAGGGAGGAUUUGCUUUUGCUUGCCUGCACUUUCUUUUAAAAGUAUCAAAUAAUUCACGAGUACCAUUUGUCUUAACCACCAGUACUCUGUUCUGUCGUAGGUGAGCUGUGCAUUGUGACUCUUGGACCUGUGCAUCUUUGUGUGAUGACAUUUGCAGACAUACUUGUAGACCUCUGCAGUUGAAUGUAUGGGCUGUUUGUUUUGUUUGUGUCAUUCACUGAGUCACACACAGGACUCUUGAUAGAGGAUACUACGACAAUGCCGGCCGAAUUAAGCAUGACGGAAGAUGAAGUAGGAAGAGUCUGGAUGUGGAAAUGGUGCUGCUGUCUCAACCGAGCUUUAAGUCGGAAACAAACGGAGAGCAGACCUUUUGUGGGACUCAAACGGCAUCGAUUUCAGCUGAAAUUAUACUUUUCUUUUUUUAUCAUAUUCUUUAAUAACAUACUGUACAUCCAUGUUUUCAUUCCAUCGAUUGUGAAGUACACGGUGAUUAAUAAAAUACAUUUUGAAAAAACAAGAAGUGAAAAAGACUGAAUAUCACAUUGAAAAUAAGAAAUCAACUUAAAGUGAACUGUACUUUCUAAACCCACAUGAAAAUGUAUCUACAAUUUAUAGAUAUGUGUACUUUUGAUUUAAUAAAAUAAGAUUAUAAAAGUUA